GUCGACCUCCCGCGGUCUAGAGCGACCCUGACCGGCAGUGGCGGCCUAGGGAUUGAGCGUCGGUGACGGUCGGCCAGCCUGGCCCACCUGGCCCCUCGGGCAUGGAGGAGGACCUGUCGGCGCAGCAGGCGGCGGGAUCGCCGGGCGCCCCGUUUCGGUCUCUGGAGAGCCCCUCCGAGGCGGCGUCCCCGGAGCCCCCGUGCAUGCAGGACGCCGAUAUGGAGCUGGGACCCACCGGGGGAUUUCCAUUUUCCAAGCCUGAUGGCAUCUCCCAGCUAGAACAAGAUCUACAGGUCUCUGAUCUGGAAACUAAGAACAGAGAAGUCUUAAGAGAUGACUACCCAGAUGGAGACACCAGAGAAGAGAACAAAGUAUUGAUUCCUAAGCAGAGAAUUUCAGAAGAAGUACAUUCAUACAAAGCAAGGGUAGGAAGACUCAAGAAGGAUAUUGCCAAAGUUCCUGAAACGAGAGAAGUCGCUAAGUCUGAGGAUAGAUUAGAGAGGCUUCAGGAAAUCCUAAGGAAAUUUCUCUUCCUAGAGAGGGAGUUUAGGCAAAUAACAAUCAGCAAGAAAUCCUUCACCAGUGAGAAGAGCAAUGAAUACAGUGAACCAGAGAAGAGCUUUAGUCUGGACUCCACUUUUGAUACGGAUCAAAGAGUUCUUAGAAUACAAAAUCUUGAUGAUUGUGAUAAGUAUGACAUAAGCCUCAAUCAGAAUUUGGCUGCUGAUAAACAUGAACAAAUAAAUCUAACACAGGAUUUUCAGAGUCAUGAAUAUAAGGAAAGUUUAAUGGAUCUCUCUCCCCAGAGUAAAUGUGAGAGCGUUCCUACCCCUGAGAAGUCCUAUAAAUGUGAUGCAUGUGAGAAAACCUUCCAUCAGAGCUCUGCCCUUUCUAGACAUCAGCGAAUUCAUACCAGAGAGAAACCUUACAAAUGUAAGGAAUGUGAAAAAUCUUUCAGUCAGAGUUCAAGUCUUAGUCGACAUAAAAGAAUACACUCUAGAGAAAAACCCUAUAAAUGUGAAGUAGCUGAGAAAUCCUGUGAUGCAGCUGAGAAAUCGUGUAGUCAGAAUUCAGAUAUAAUCCAGCAGAAGAAGAUUCACACUAGAGCAAAGUCCUAUAAAUGUAACAUUUGUGACAGAGUCUUCAGCCGUAGUGUCCACCUUGCUCAACAUCAGAGAAUUCACAGAGAGAUGCCUUACAAGUGUAAUAUAUGUGGCAUUGACUUUUAUCAUACCUCAUACUUAGUUGAACAUCAAAAGGUCCACUGUGAAGAGAAAUCCUUUGACUACAAUGAUUGUGGGUUGAACUUUGUCAAGCAUCAAGGGGUUCGUCUCCGAGAAAAGCCCUAUACAUGCAAUGAAUGUGGGAAAGACUUCCGAUUGAAUUCCCAUCUUAUUCAGCAUCAAAGAAUUCACACAGGAGAGAAACCACAUGAAUGUAAUGAAUGUGGGAAAGCUUUCAGCCAAACCUCAUGCCUUAUCCAGCAUUACAAAACCCAUAGGAAAGAGAAAUCCUAUGAGUAUAAAGAUUAUGAGGAAAGUUUCAGUCAUAGCUCAGAUCUUGUCCUGCAACAGGAAGUCCUCAACAGAGAAAAAGCCUUUGAUUGUGAUAUGUGGGAAAACAGUCUCAGUCAGCAAGCACACCUUGUUCAGCAUCAAAGAGUUCAUACCAAAGAGAAACCUUACGAGUGCAGUGAACGUGAGAAGACAUUUAGUCAAGUUCAGGCCUCGUUUAACAUCUGAGCGUACACAGCAGGGAGAACAUCUUGUGUUGUAAUUGAAUGUGGUAAAGCUUUCAGUCAUAAGUCAGCCUUUAUUCAGCAUCAGAAAAUCUGCACCAGAAUAAAACCCUCAGAAUGUGAUGAAUGUAGGAAAGCUACGCUCUUAACACCUGCAAACCCUAACCAAUGAUAUAUAUAUAUAUUGAAUGUGGUAAAUGUUUAAUGCUAUUUUCAUACCUCAGUCGCCAUUGGAGAAUUCAUGCUGGAGUACAAUCCCAACACGAUAAUUGUGAAAAUGCCACCGGUUAAAGAAGCUUGUUCUUCAAAUUAUUCCAUGCAAAAAGCCUGUGAAUGUGAUAAAUGCGGAUUUGUGAGGGAAAAUGCCAUUAUUUUCCAGCCCUCAUUUGUCAUUUGAUAUCAGAGAACCCAUACCUAAGAGAAGUCAUUUGAAUGUACAUCUGAAAUGCCCUUCAGUAGGAUUUCAUCUGUUUUCAGCACCAGAAUUUCCACCAGGAUCUGGUAUCAUAUUUCAGGCUUUACUUGACAUUUGAAUACUGGAGAGAAAAUUGUUGAUUAUUUGUAUAUGAAGUCAAUCUAUAUAUCUAUACAUAGUCACAAUUGUUUUCCUUGCAGAGGAAUCAAGUCUGAGCACUGACUUGGUGAAUGCAUUGUUUUGUCAUGAUGUUCUUUUAUUUAAUAUAUUAGUGUUGUAAGUAUGUAAACUUUAUUUAUGGAACUCAUUGAAGCUAUUUUUAUUUGACUAUAAACAUUGAUUUUAUCCUGAAAUUGGUUCUUAACUGUUCUAAGCUUCUGGAAGUAGUGUUAAUACACUGAUGUUAAAACAUAAGUUCUAGCAAGUUAAUGCUUUUAGCUUUUUCUGCUGUUCUUAGUCCAAAUUCUCUCCCAGACUCAUAGAUCUGUUUUUCUGGCGACCCUACUUUCUAUUCCUUGUCAGCCAGUGCACUUGGAUUCCUGUUGAUGUUUCCAUUCUCUUAAGCACAUUCAAAUGAGGCUUUCCUAGUUUUAAACUUUACACCAAUAGGUAAGCUGUCUCUGUUGAUGUUGUUAUUCUGGUGUCUUCUUUCCUUAAGUGGAAUAUUUUCUAUUAAAAUGAUUGGAUCCUUGCAUUUUAUCCAUCCACGAGUAUUCUAUGUCCUGAGUUUGUGGCAGGCACCAAAGCGUUUUCAUAUGAAGCCUAGUACUUAGCUGCCCUUGUCCUGUAUCUAUAGUUCUCUGAAAGAAGUGAUGACAUCAGGGGCGCAUGUCUCCUGAUUAUGUAGUUACAUUCAGCACCUUUCCUGCAUGGCUAAGAUUAGAAUUGGUUUUCAUGUAGUUUUCAUUGAAGGUCCACAAAAUCCUUAGGUCUGCUGUUGUUAGCAAAAUGAAGAAUAUAAGCUAAAAAUGAGAGCUUCAUCAGGUGGGGGCGGCCUUCCAGCAGGAUACUCUUGUUCUGUAGUGUCUCUAGGGAGGGUAUUCAGAGAGAACAGCAGGUCUGUGUCUCAUAAAACUUGGUUUCUUUGUCUGUUCAGAUUUCUGCCCCAAUCUCCCUUCAGUUCAGGGCAGUAUUCAAAGGAUGGGGACUCUGUAUAAUUGUUGAGAUACCAUCACACUUGAAAAAUAUGACAAGAGUCUUCAAGUCACAAAAAAUGGUUUUUAUUUUUGUGUGUGUGUUUGAUUAAUGUGAUCACAGGCUUCCGAGCACCACCAGGAGUCACCCUGGAUUACUGCUGGUUGUGGUCCCAAAACAAAAAAAAUGAUCACAGAUAUUCACACCAGAGUCUAGGGACUCUAUCAGAAAUUCCUAGCAAAAAUGUGUGAUUUUUUAAAAUAGUAUAUGAAAUUAUCUUUUUUCUAAAGUCGGAAUGACUUAAAAAUAAAAUUUUUGGCAGGUGGUUUUGUGGUUUAUUUUUCCACCCUAAAGCCUAAUAAAAGUUUACGAUUCUUUAGAUGA